AUGAACGUGCGACAAUCAUCUUUCAGCUUGGCCCCUCCUGGACCCGAGAGACGUCCCUCCGUAGUAUCACGUCUGUCGUCCGUCUUUUCCAAUGCAGAUCGAGAGGCGGGGACCGCUACAUCUACAGGGGCGGGCCUCAUAGAGGAGGAGAUUGCCGAGAUUAAGAGAUAUGAAGACUUUACGACAAUAGACUGGGUCCAAGACGCUGCUCGCGAGCAAGCAAAGCGUAAGGUGCGGAGGAAGCAAGCAGCGGGCCUCUACGACAAAGGACAACCUGGCUGGCGAUAUCAGCUAUGGAAGAGUUAUGAUGCGGCGCAAGCCUGGAUUGUGGUUACCAUCAUUGGUGUUGCGAUUGGGUUGAACGCGGCGCUUCUGAACAUCAUCACAGAAUGGCUCUCUGAUGUCAAGAUGGGUUACUGUGAGACUGGGUUUUAUUUGAACGAGAACUUUUGCUGUUGGGGAGAAGGCAAUGGAUGCGAUCAAUGGCACAGGUGGACUGGUUUCGAGCCUUUGAAUUAUUUCGUAUACCUCGUCUUUGCGACCAUAUUUGCUUGUGUCGCUGGCACGUUAGUCAAGUCGUUUGCACCAUAUGCUGCUGGGUCUGGUAUUUCCGAGAUCAAGUGUAUUAUUGCCGGAUUCGUUAUGAAAGGUUUCCUUGGCUGGUGGACUUUGAUCAUCAAAUCUAUCUGCCUACCUCUGGCCAUCGCAUCUGGCCUGUCGGUUGGUAAAGAAGGCCCCAGUGUGCACUACGCUGUGUGUACGGGAAAUGUCAUCUCUCGACUCUUCGACAAGUAUAAGCGCAAUGCUUCCAAGACUAGGGAGUUCUUGAGUGCUUCAGCCGCUGCUGGUGUUGCUGUUGCUUUCGGCAGUCCUAUUGGCGGCGUCCUCUUCUCUCUUGAAGAGAUGUCUAACCAGUUUCCUCUCAAGACCCUUUGGCGCAGUUAUUUCUGCGCCUUGGUGGCAACGGCUGUUCUUGCUGCUAUGAACCCCUUCCGAACUGGUCAAUUAGUCAUGUUCCAAGUCGAGUAUAAAAACGACUGGCAUUUCUUUGAGUUGCUUUUCUAUGUCUUGAUUGGUAUCUUUGGAGGUCUCUAUGGAGCCUUUGUGAUCAAGUGGAAUUUGAGGGUUCAGUCCUUCCGCAAGAGGUAUUUAAAGGAUUAUGCUGUCCUCGAGGCAACUCUAUUAGCAGCUGGCACUGCCAUUAUUGCUUACCCCAACGCUUUUUUGAGGAUCGACAUGACGGAAAGUAUGGAGAUGCUCUUCUCCGAGUGCGGUCAUGGAGAAUCGUACCAUGGCCUCUGCGAGCCUGGCAAACGGUGGUGGAACAUUACCUCACUAUUCCUAGCUACUUUCCUGCGACUAUUCCUUGUCAUUCUGUCUUAUGGAUGCAAGGUCCCGGCCGGUAUCUUUGUUCCUUCCAUGGCGGUUGGCGCAUCCUUUGGAAGAAUGGUUGGUAUUAUUGUCCAAGCUAUUCACGAGGCCAAUCCUACCAGCGUCUUCUUCUCCGCAUGCAAGCCAGACGAGCCUUGUAUCACGCCCGGCACAUAUGCCCUACUUGGUGCUGCCGCCGCGCUGAGCGGCAUCAUGCAUAUCACCAUUUCUGUGGUGGUCAUUAUGUUUGAGCUUACCGGUGUUCUCAAUUACAUUCUCCCAACAAUGAUUGUUGUCGGUGUCACCAAGGCUGUCAGCGAGUUGUUUGGCAAGGGAGGCAUUGCUGAUAGGAUGAUAUGGUUCAGCGGGAUGCCGUUCCUUGACAGUAAAGAGGAACAUAAUUUUGGCGUACCCGUUUCGGCAGUCAUGAGGACUUCGGUUGUGUCAAUGCCUGUUCAUGGACUGACCCUAGGUGAAGUCCAGCGUCUUCUUGCUGACGACCGAUAUCAAGGCUUCCCCGUAGUGGAAGAUAAGCACACCAAGGUUCUUAUCGGCUACAUCGGCAGCAUAGAAUUGCGCUAUGCUAUUGACAAAAUGAGUAGAACAUCACCUUUGUCCGAGACGUCAAAGUGUACGUUUGCACCAUCAUCGUCAAACCUGUCAACUACGUCGCUCCAUGGCGACUCAUCGCAUUCCUCGACUCUCGACUUCAGUAGAUAUGUCGACUCAACACCAGUCACAGCUCAUCCAAGAUUACCCCUGGAAACCGUCAUGGAACUGUUUCAAAAGAUCGGCCCUCGUGUUAUCCUCAUAGAAUACCAUGGCAAGCUCACUGGUCUUGUGACAGUCAAAGAUUGCCUGAGAUAUCAGUUCAAGGUUGAAGCAGCCGAGAACCCCAAGGAUAACCACCGCAUGGAAGAAGGACAAGAACAACUGUGGAACCUCCUCCUUAGGGCCGGCAACUGGUUCUCUUGCAGAGUUUCGAGAUACUCUGGGGGUCGGAUACGCUUGGGUAGCACCUCUGGUGAUGAACGACCCCUGGCCAGAGGGCAGAUCCUGGAUGGUGACGAAGAAGUGCUGGACGAAGGCGUCGAGCUGGAGAGCCGACGAUAG